AUGACCAGGAGGACAGGUGGCAGUCUGCGCGCGAGGUGGAUGAUUCCGCGCGGCAGCUGCUUCUUCGCCAUGAAGGGUUCGGCGUUGCUGGACACGACUUUCUCGAUGAGCUUUCGGGUUCAGAAAGAUGAAUUCGACCGCGCGUUGGCCGAAACGAAAGAACUCCUUGCUUUUGCGGAGGAGAAGAAGAUGUCGCAGAACACGGAUUUUGCACGACGACAAGAGGAGGAAGCUGCUGCUGAAGCCAGGAAGCAGGGAACUGCGCCAGUCCCCACUUCACUUACCGACAAAGAGAUUGGGGUCAAGGCUCUGAAAGGAGAGGGCGCGAAGAAAUGCAGUAUCAAGAAGUAUCCUGCAAGGAGGAUGUUUACCUCUGAAAAUCUGUUGACCAACACGGAGAUACAACUCAAAUAUCUGUCGCCAGUGAAGGCCAAAGAAAAGCGAUCUUUCGACAAGCAACAAUCCAAUGUUCCUGAGGACGAGCAGUACGAGUAUAGCUUGGUCACCAUGGAGAAAUACUUCAUGAACUGCUUCAACCUCAAGGCCAAACCUGACUUCAGGAAGAACGGUGGUGCAGACACCGAACAUUGCGAACAGGUCUUCGAAAAGGGUGUUGCCGGCGAGCUUGCAUGGCUGCAGCAGAUGGAACCAGGUCGUGAAUGGUUUGCGGCAAAAGCAGCAGAUCUCCAAUCGCUCGUGUCCGAUAAAGUGGAUCUCAAGGCGAACUUGCAGAAAUCGUCCUCCAACUUUUUCACUUUCGGGCCGGCGGGGAGCGGCGAGCAACUCAGACAAGAAUCCAUUCCCUUCUCGGACGGCCUUGUCCAUGGCAAGAGGAGAUGGUUCUUGAUGGCGCCGAAGGACUUCGAAACGCUGAGGGAGAAGGCAAAAGAUGUGCUGGAACCUGCAUCUGCCUUCAUGUUUUUCGAGCAGCAGAAGGAGGAGCUAGAGGAAGACUUCGGUUUGGGAGGCAAGAAGAUGAAAUUCUGGGAAUGCAACCAGCUUCCGGGGGAAAUCAUCUACAUCCCAAGUGGCACCAUCUACACUUCCCUGAACCUGCAGGACGGAUUUUCUUACAAACAGAACAUUGCAACCUCCCUCAAGGCUGUUGCAGAACGCGUGAACAACAACAUCUGGGCACCUGAGAGCGGAGUCGUCCCCAACGGCUACCAGUUUGGUGCUUGCUUUGACUACUUGGACUUCGCGUCUGCUGGUCAGAAACUUGACAAACAGGUCAAUCCCUUGCAAGGGCAGAUCAUCCAGCAGAUCAUGUCUCAGUACUAUCCCGGGGAAAGAGCACAGAAUAUGCUCAUCUUGAAUAUCCUUGCUGAGUGUAACUCCGUCAUGACUGCCGAAGGGCUGGAUCAAGAGCUUGUUUCCUCGACAUAUUGUCCUCGAGUCUGGGAUAUCUGCGUCAGCAAGCUUGAACGGAAUGCAAAUUCCCUUGGAGCCUCAAUACCACCAUGGCUGAAGAGUACUCCAAAGCCUGGCCAGAUUAAGACAGAGUUAUAGUUUUUGCACAAAUGUUAAGUAGUCGUAUUCGAACUAUCACUCUUUCAUUGAACAGUCAUGUUGUC